AUGACAACGACAGCAUUAUCACAGAUAAAUAAUUCGGUAUUAACAACUCAUCAAUUAAAUUUACUUAGCGCAACUUCAGCAGUGGCAUCGAACCAUUUGACCAGAAAUACUUCAUCACCAAUCUGUUCCACUUCGGUGGUAAUGUUUAAUUCUGGAUGUCAGCCACUGCCACAGUUCAUGAGUUUAACCAAUCAGUAUAGUCAACCAGUACCAAUGCUUCCACCAGUUACGAAUAUAUUCGAAGGCGUACCAAUAUUCCUCCUCCCCCAGUCAACUUCAUCUUCUCCAGCAGGAGCUUUAUACUAUAAUCCACAUCAGCAAUCCAUCGCCAAAACGAGAGCAAGUGUGUGUCCAGGAAGUCAAUCACCAAAAGUGGACAUGAGCAAGAGUUUCCACGUAUUUGUUGGCGACUUGGCUACCGAAGUAGAUAAUUGCACGUUGAAAGCCGCCUUUGAAAGCUUUGGAGAAAUCUCUGAAGCCAAAGUGAUCAGAGACCCUCAAACAUUAAAAUCGAGAGGUUAUGGCUUCGUUUCAUUCCCUCUUAAAAAGAGCGCGGAGAAGGCGAUCGAAAAAAUGAACGGACAGAUGAUCGGACGACGACAAAUACGUACGAACUGGGCAGUGCGCAGAUUUGAUGGAGGCGAAGAGAAUGUCACGAAACCACCUACAUACGAUAAUAUAUUCAACGCAACCCAUGCUGCCAACACAUCCGUUUAUGUAGGCGGCAUCUCACCUGCUACCACGGAUGAAGAACUUAUGCAAUCGUUUUCCGCAAUUGCUACCGUGAUAGAAAUGCGAUUAUUCAAGCAUCAAGGAUAUGCGUUCGUGCGAUAUUUGAGUAAGGAAGCUGCCGUUCGAGCUAUUAUGUCAAUGAACGGAAAAGAGAUAAACGGCCAGAAAAUAAGAUGCAGUUGGAGUCGAACAGCUAUGGAUAAUAAUAUUAAUAUAUCAAAUCAAAUCGUUUGUGGUGUAAAUUUUUUGACAAACGACAUUAUGGGAUUCAGUCCGCUUAUAAAUCGAAUAGCAUGGAAUCAAAAUCAGUGCUUACCACAAUUUUGUGCACAUCCGUUGCUCUUUAGCCAACAUUCAUAUAAAUGA